AUGCUUGUACAAGAACCAGUGCAGGCUGCUAUUUGGGAUGCUCUGAACCACUAUGCAGUUACAGAUGCAACCUUUCUUGCUGAAAGGCUUUUUUCCGAAGUGGCCAAUGAAGAAUCUUUAUAUCUUCUAGCAACAUGUUACUAUCGGGCAGGAAAACCUGUCCAAUCUUACCUGCUGUUGCAAUCUCGGGGAUGUCAUACAGCGCAAUGCAAGUACCUGUUGGCAAAAUGCUGCCUCGAUACUGAUAGACUGUCUGAAGCAGAGGAGCUACUGGUUGGAAAUGCUGUCUCCAAAAGCAAGACUUUCGAGGAGAUAGAAGUAGAAUAUGGUCCGGUGGCAUGCCAUGUGUUCAGUUUAUUGGGUCAUCUUUAUAGUAAAACUGAAAGGUUUGCCAAUGCCUCAGAAUGUUAUCAAAAAAGUUUAAAAUUGAAUCCUUUGUUGUGGAGCUCUUUUGCUAAACUUUGUAGUUUAGGUGAGAAAGUCGAUGCUACGAAGAUCUUCCAACCACCAAAAGUACCCCUGCCCCAGUCAACUCCUGUCCACACUCCAAAUCCUUUCUAUCAACAGCUGGAUGGUAGAUUGAAACAAUUGCAGCUGCAACAGCAGUCACCACAGAUCAUCCCCCCAACUCAGGACACUAUCUCUCUUAUGUCAGAAAGUACACCUGGUGGUCUGUGUAAGUUUGAGUCUCCCCUACCAGCAGACAAGCUAGCUAUGACGCCAGAUGCCUUGAGUCCACCAAGCAGUACAGACAGUUCUUUACACCAAGGGAGCCAGUCUGUACGUGCUAGCCGGGGUCAGUAUUUUAGUGGUGGCAACCGUACCAAUUUAGGGUUUCCUAAUCUCAGUCCUUUGACUCCAAGUUUUGGAGUGUUUCCUUUAGAAACACCAAGCCCUCAGGAAGGUGUCCCAUACAUUUCCCAGGUAACUCCUGUUGCGCUUUCAGAGAAUCUUGUCUCUGAAGCACCUCGUGCUCCCCGGGGACCAAAGCCUGUCACUCGCAGAAGUCAAAAUCAAAACCAGAAUCCCUCCAUGCCAAAACCAACAGUGUUUAGCCAAUCAGGUAACACAAACACUCGGGAAUUGGCGACUUCCAACCAGCAAUCAGGACUGCAGACAAAUGUAACUAAUGUACGACGAAGCCAAAGACUUUUUGGCAAUUCUAGCUCUGUUAAGGAAAAUAACAAGAGUCAAAGUAAGUCCCGCUUCACAAGUCCAAAGUCUGGCACUCGGAAGUCUAAAAGCAAACUGAGCAAGUCACAACAAGAGUUAAAUGAGAUCAACAAAGGAGAGAACAUUCUCGAUUGUAAGCAGUCUUGUGGGUAUGAGGGGCCAAAUUAUGCACAGUUAGCCCACAUGAGGCAGCAGUCAUUAGCUGGCAUUUUGAAACUUCUCCAAAGUAUGGGUCGAGCAUUCCAGGCACUAAGCCAGUAUGAAUGCAAACAUGCCAUUGAACUGCUCAAUGAGUUACCUCCACAUCAAUAUCAGACUGGAUGGGUUCUCUGUCAAGUGGCUCGGGCUUAUUUUGAAUUGAAUAAUUAUCUACAAGCUGAGAAAGUGUUUGCUGAAUUACGUGAGUUGGAGCCAUAUCAUAUGGAAGGCAUGGAUCUGUACAGCACUGCUUUGUGGCAACUACAGCGGGAAGUUGAAUUGUCUGCUUUAGCACAGGAAUUAACAGAAAUGAAUAAGAAUGCCCCUGAGGCUUGGUGUGCAACAGGGAAUUGUUUUAGUUUGCAGAAAGAACAUGACACUGCUAUCAAAUUUUUUCAACGAGCUAUUCAGGUUGACCCCAAUUUUGCCUAUGCAUAUACUUUACUGGGUCAUGAAUAUGUUUUUACUGAGGAGUUUGAGAAAGGUUUAUCUAGUUUCCGUAAUUCAAUCAGAGUGGAUCCAAGACAUUACAAUGCAUGGUAUGGGGUUGGAAUGAUCUAUUACAAACAAGAAAAAUUCAAUUUAGCUGAAUUACAUUUCAAUAAAGCGCUGAUGAUCAAUCCCCAAAGUCCUGCUCUGCUUUGUCAUGUUGGGGUUGUACAACACGCCCUUAAAAAGUCUGAAAUGGCCCUACAAACAUUAGAUAAAGCUAUUUCAAUUGACCCAAACAACCCUCUUUGCAAAUUCCAUCGAGCUUCCAUUUUAUUUGCUAAUGAUAAACAUAGAGAAGCCUUAGAAGAAUUAGAAGAAUUGAAACAAAUUGUCCCUAAAGAAUCAUUAGUAUAUUUUCUAAUAGGAAAGGUUCAUAAAAAACUUGGUAAUACCCACUUAGCCUUGUCCAAUUUUUCUUGGGCGAUGGACUUGGAUCCAAAAGGAAUAAAUAAUCAAAUUAAAGAGGGUAUAGACAAACGCUAUGUAACAGAUGAUGAUGACUCGCUUGUUAAGAUGAAUGAUCCAGUUGGCUUGGAGGACAAUGGUGGAGAGGCUGAUUCUCAGGAGGCAGGUUCACAGAGUAACUCGUCAAACAUCUCCAACAUUGAUCAUGAAGAUCUACAGUUGCAAGCCAUGGAAAGUGAUGAAAGCUUGUGA